AUGCUGCUCCCACGGAUACUUGCGCCCGUCCGCGCAGCAGCCAAAUCGCCUCUGAUACCCUCCUCGCGCGUCCUCGACGUCAUCCGCCACGCCAAUGGCUCCGCCGCUCACGCUCCUUCACCAACCCUCUCCUUCGUACGACAUGCUACCCAUCAGGCCCAAGGACGAGCCAACGGCGCGAAAGAUGGACCAGGAAAGCGUUUGGGCGCGAAGAAGGCUGGAGGAGAAUACGUGAUCCCAGGAAACAUCAUCUUCCGUCAGCGCGGCACGGCCUGGUUCCCAGGUGAGAACUGUAAAUUUGGACGCGACCACUGCAUCUUCGCCACCGAGUCGGGUUACGUUCGAUACUACAAAGAUCCCUCGUUACAUCCAAAGCGCCAGUACAUCGGCGUCGCGCUCGAGAAGACCGACAAACUUCCUUACCCACAGAACGCCGCACGACGGAGGAGGCUUGGAUUUGUUGCCGUACAAAACGAGCCCCAGCCCAAGAAAAUUGAGGGACAAGCUGUGGUUGCGGAUCUGCAAGUUGGCGAUGCACCCGGCAGCGAGACGAGCAUUCGUGCAACGGUACGAGAUUCGCAGACUUUGACGAUAGGAAAGGGAUAUGCGUACCGCGCGGCGAACUGGGACAUUGGGCGGGUGGCGGAGAGGGCGAACGUGCAGGUCAAACAGUUCGUACCAGGAGACCGAUGGGCGGCAUGGCAGAAGUCGCAGGCACGAAAGAAGCGCAAUGAGGAGGCGAAGAAGUUGCGCAAUGCGGGCAAGAAGUCUGCGAAGCCGAAGGCAAGGAAGAGAAGAGGACCGUAA